GGGCAUUACUUGUCAUCAACUCUAAAUGUGUAAUUAAUUGUGCUAGACACUCCUAUAAUAACACAUCAUGGAAAUGUACACUACUUGUCAAAUGACAUGUUUUAAUCUCCGUUUCCCCUCUUUACAUAAAGCAUGCAUGCCUACAGCAUAGCGGGUUAUGUGUUUUAAUACAAACCUGCUGCUGAGGCAUGAGAUUGAACAGCAGGGAGUUGGCGUUACCUCCGGUCAGAUGUAGUCAACUCAGCUUGGAGCGAGCAAGCCUCUCGUUAUCACCGCGUUAGUUAUUACGCGUUGACGGGGCAUCACUCUCCCGACCUGUCCUCCUGCAUUUACCUGGCCCUUUGAGCCAAGCCUACGCGCCUAUCAGCUCUUUAGCGGGUCCUUGCUCGCUCGACUUGAGAAUAAGGUCGCGGUAUUAUUCUUUCAAGGUUAUUUCCUUCUCUUUAAGGCCUUUAUAUUCAGAUCCUAUGGGAGUUUUUAUUUUCACGGCGUUGUUUUGGACCUUAAGUGGAGUGGGAUGCCUGCCUCUAUCCUCCUCUCUACAGGUUGGAAAGGUUGCUGACUGUAUUCAGGACUCCCUGAAUAGUAAUGGCGGUGUGCCACAUCCUGGCUGUGACAAACUGAAAACUGAUGAUGCUGUCCACAGGCACCAGGGUCUCCUGAGGGAGCUGCAGGAGCUGGCCCAGGAGGAGAGGGAAAGAGAGAGAGACUAUGGGAGGGAGAAAAAGCAAAAUGAGGAGAACCAGGCUGAGGGAGAGAGGGACAGAGAGAGGAGGGAGGAGGAGGAGCAGAAUGAUGAUCAGAAGGACACUGAGAAAGAAGAACUGAGAGAGAAAGAGAUGAAGGAAGAAGGGGUAGAGGAGGAGAAGGUGGAGAUGAAGGACAGAAUGAAUGAGGAGAUGAGAGAAGAGCCCAGACUAGAGGAGAAAAGGGGGGAUGAGGAAGAGAACGCGAAGGAGCUGGAGGAGCUCUUCUCAAAGGAGCUAAGGAAGAUAGGAGAGGAGGAAAAAGAGGACAGGGAGCUUGAGGAGCUGCUCAAGGAGCUGAAGAAGAAAAGGUAUGAGUCGGUGAAGGAGAAAGAGCUCCAUAGUGGGUCAGAAGCAGAGGAGGACAGGAACAAGGAUGAGGGGGAGGAGCAGAAAAAGGGAGAGAAAGAGCAGCUAGAUAUUCUUGAGAUUGAAGAGAGGAAACGCAGCAAGGAGAGGAACAACAACGAGGUGGAGCUGCUGGUGGAGAAAGAGAAGGUGGAGCGGGAGCUCAAGGAGCUGCUGGAGGAACAGGACAGCAAGAAGAACGUGGAGAAGGAGAAAGAGAGGGAGGAAAAACAGGAGGAACUAGCGGAGCUCCUCAAAAAGAUGAAACGUGUGCAGGAGGAGGAGGAGAGAAAAGAGGAGGAGAAGAGAGAAACUGCCGGGGAUGAGGCGAAAGUGGACAAUGAGCGCGAGAAGGAGGGAGAGAUUCACAAGGAAUUGGAGAAGGUGAAAGCGGGAGAGAGUGAGGAGGUUAAGGAUCCUCAGCAGAAGAGAGUGAUGGAGAAAGCAAGUGAUGAGUCAACACGUCAGUUUGAAAAGGAGAGGAACAGGGACGAUGACGAUGAUGAAGAAGCAGAUGAGGCAGAUGAGGUUGAAAACAAUGAGGAUUGGGAAGAGGAAGAGGAGGAUGAGGAUAAAAAGGAGGAUGUUGAGCAGGAUGAAGGAGAAGAGCUUUUGGAGAUUGAGGCAGAGCUGCGAAAAGUGGCUGCAGAGCUUCGGGAGCUUCACAGGGUUCGGGUCACCAAGGUGGUCAAGAGUCAUAGAAAUAGAAUGAAUGGAAAUGUCCGUUCUAGUAGUUAUAUUUCUAUGGCCAGGGUGGCACCCCAGCUCUUCUCCCAACUUUGCACUCCUAUCUUAACCAGCCAAGGAAGUCUAGCGAGGGGAGUGACAUCACUAAGACAUCUCUGGUAUGUGGUCCUAAUAAACAAUGACAGUUGUAAAACUUUUUUUUAAGUUGGCAAGAUAUUGAUGUUCACCAUCAUCCUUUUUCCUAGUUUGGGAUCUCCACUGUUACGCAGCCAUGUUUGAAUAAGAAAUAUUAGGAAACAGUGCCCCCACAUGUUAAAUCAAUAUAAGUUGCAUGGUUAAUAACAUGUGGAGGAAUAACAAUAACUGCAAUACAAGAAGAAGAAGAGGAAUAUUAAGACAACUUAUUCAAACCAAUAAAGUUAUAAAAAUGUACAUAUUAAAGCAAAAUAUAUGAUGAUGAUUCUCUGUAAAUGUACUUUAUUAUGUAAUUAAAAUGCAUCAUGAAUCGAC